AUGGGCAUGCCGCAAUCGCAAACGCACCAGUGGCCAGCAAAGCAAUUGUCCAGUUUUGUGGCGAAACUAGCGCCCGCAAUACCAAAAAUAUGGCCCAAUUCGAGAAGGAGAUCGUGCAGGCGGUGCUGAUCGCCGACAACAAUGUGUGGAACUUCAAGCCCCUCUCCGACGAGGGCUCCACGGCUCUGCUGCCCCUGGUCAACGUGCGGAUGCUGGACUAUGCGCUCAUGGCGCUGAAUCGCAGCGGCGUGGAGGAGGUGUUCGUGUACACCAGCCUCUACCGGUCGAGCAUACGGGAGCACAUCAGGGCCGGCAUUGCCACGGACGCAGCGUGGUCCUUCAAGAUGACCGUCCAUGUGAUCGGCGACGAGGGCUGUCGCUGCUUUGGCGAUGCCAUGCGGGAUCUGGACAACAAGGCGCUGAUCCGUGGCAACUUUAUACUGCUUGGCGCCGAUACGGUGACCAAUGCCGAUCUGCGCCCGGUGCUGGAGCAGCACAAGCGGCAGGCCAAGUUCGACAAGGGCACCGCCGCCACGCUGGUGUUCAAGGAGUGUGCCAACAAUGUGCGCACUGGCAACGAGCUGCUGAUCGCCGUGGACCGCCGCAACGACCGGCUGCACUACCACCAGCGGCUGCGGAUGCACCACAAGGAGUCACGCUACCAAAUACCCCUGGACGUCUUCCUGGGCAACUCGUGUGUGGCGCUGCACCACAACCUCUUGGAUCCGCAGAUUGCCAUUGGCUCGCCCUCAAUGCUGUCGCUGUUCAACGACAACUUUGACUUUCAGACGCGUGAUGACUUCGUCCGCGGUCUGCUGAUAAACGAAGAGCUGCUGGACAGCAGGAUAUAUGUGGCCAUGCUGCCGGCAGCCCAGUACGCGCACAAGGUGAACAACUGGCCGGCCUACCAGCUGGUCAGCCGGGACAUCAUCAACCGGUGGGCCUACCCAUUCGUACCGGACAUUGGCCUUUACAAGCUGCAGCAGCAGUACGUCUUCCACAAGGACAACAUCUACAAGAGCCCCGAGGCGCAUGUCUCGAAAGUGGCUUUGCUGCAGAACGUGGUCAUCCAAGCUGGCAGUCACGUCGACAGUGGGACCGUGAUUAGUGACAGCGUGAUUGGCGCCAAUUGCCGGAUUGGCAAGAACUGUCGACUGACCAAUGCGUACCUCAUGGCCGGUGUCACCGUCAUGGACAACUGCAAACUGGAACACUGCGUGGUGGGCGAUGGCGCCUUCAUCAACGUGGAUUGCGACGUAAGCGCGGGCUGUGUGCUCGGCGCUAAAAGCGUGCUGCCUGCCAAGACAACGUUGGCGAAGACCCUCAUCACCAGCUCGCCCAGCAGACGGCGCAGCGAGGAUGAGGUUGCAGUGGAGCUGAAGAGCAUCGGUCCGAAUGCCUACAUUGUCAGCGAUUUGACGACGGGUGAUCCCGAAGACUCGGAUGGCGAGGACUUGUUGCCGCAGCAACCGCUCUGUAUACCUAAAAUGGGAGACUUGCUGGCGCCGCUGGACGAGAUCAGCUACUGCAGCGAUUUCAGCGAGGACGACGAGGACGGCUCGCGAGCAGUGACGCCGCUGCCCGAUGACACAAACAUUUUCCUGGGAGAAGUAAUCGAUUCCUUGACACGGGGCUUCCGGGAGAAGUCCAAUCCUGACUUCCUUGUCCUCGAAAUCAACUCCUCGCGCUAUGCGUACAACAUGUCCCUCAAGGAAGUUAACUUCAACGUGGUGAAGGCCGUUUUCGGCAUGCAGAGCAUCGUGGAACCGGCCAACAACAACGUACUAGUCGCCAUAAACGCCGCCUUCAAGCAAUUGGGACCUGUGGUAUCCAACUACAUUAAAAGCGAGGAUGCCAUGAUGGAUUGUCUCAAGGCGCUGGAGGAUGUGUACGAGGAGAAUCAUUUGGUGAGGGAGAAGAUCUCGCAGAUCGUGCACUAUCUGUACGACAAGGACUUUGUGUCCGAGAGUGCCAUCCAGGCCUGGUUCGAGCAGUUGGACGAGGAGGAGCAUGCACACCUGCGCCAAAGCCUCGCAAAGCUCGUGGCCUGGCUGGAUCAGUCCAGCGAGGAAGAUGAUGACGACGACGACGAGGAGGACGAUGACUAAUCAAAGACUUGGCCUCCAUUUCUUAUUCCCAUUUUAGUUAAGUAAUUUCCUUGCUUAUCCUAAUGCCCGAGACCGAGCAAAGAAAUGGAAAAUAAUUCUAAGGUCGAUAGAAAAAUCACAGACUCACAUUUUUGCCAAAUCCCGAUUUUGCGUCCGAGAACUGCUAGUUUUUUGGCCACAACAUUGGAGAUAAUGGUCGAAAUAUGAAGUCGGAUGCAUCGUUGAGCUUGUAAUUAAAAUCCAAAUGGAUUGGCAUUCGAGCCUGAAAA